AUGCGCGCAUUCGGUGUUGUCUUCGUGUGUGUGGCCCUAGUGGUUGUGGUACGGGCCGAGGCACCACUGCCCGGUGGUGGUGGCUUCGGUGGCAAUGGUGGUGGCUACAGCAAUGGCGGCGGCAACGGUGGAUACGGUGGCAACGGUGGUGGCGGUAACGGUGGUGGAGGUUCCGGACCGCUGCUCCAGAAACCGACCGGUCCGCAAACGAUGGAAGGUUUGAUGAUCGAUCCCCAGCUGCUGGAACAGGUGAAGAUGGUGCUGCUGCAGCACGAAACCGAAUCUGCCACGGCCAACGGUGGCUCGAACGGUGGCCCGAGCUCGUCGUACGGUCCACCGCGCAACACGGACCGUAUCGUUGGACUGAUGCUGGAGCAACCCGUCCAGAGCAUCCAGCUGGCCGAGUACUGGCAGGGCGAUCAGCAGACACCGAGCGGUUCUUACGGGCCGCCCAGCGGUUCUUAUGGCGCCCCGCAGUAA